CAUCCGGUUUCAGCACCGUGGCUAGCCGCUGCGCUGCCGAACCUUUCGCUCUCGUUGGCGCGUCUUCCUCCCUCAGUGAGAAGCAAACUUCUGACAAAAGCGGCGUAUUCGUCUCGCUCCCCCCCCCAGUGGUCUCACUGCGGUCGUCCUCUCUCAUGCAGAUGUCCGGCAGACGAAGCGGCACUUAUUAGAGCAGAGCGGGAGAAAAGGGUCUCCGGCGCCGAGAAACUGGGAGGGAUGCGAUAAAUAUGCAAAGUGACAGCUCCGCAAGCCACACUGCCUGCUCGCUUUUCUUUGGGCGCUGAAAGGCUGCGGUUCGAGGACUGCUACGACUCGAGACCUGGGGUCUGCGCCGGACCAGACUCGGAGUCGGAGACCGCCGAGAGAGAGGGCAGGCAAGACGAUCUGCAUGUGACUGCGCUGGUCCACGCAUCGGAGGCAAGAGAUGCAGCCCGCAAGCAAGCUCCUGAGUCUCACCCUCCUCGUGUUGAUGGGCACAGAACUCACCCAAGUGCUGCCAGCGAACCCCGAGGAGUCGUGGCAAGUGUACAGCUCAGCCCAGGACAGCGAGGGGAGGUGUAUCUGCACCGUGGUGGCCCCCCAGCAGACCAUGUGCUCACGAGAUGCAAGGACCAAACAGCUGAGGCAGCUGCUGGAGAAAGUCCAGAACAUGACACAGUCCAUCCAGGUCCUGGACCAGCGAACCCAGAGGGACCUGCAGUACGUGGAGAAGAUGGAAAACCAGCUACGAGGUCUGGAGUCCAAAUUCCGACAGGUGGAGGAAAGCCACAAGCAGAACAUUGCCAAGCAAUAUAAGGCAAUAAAAGCGAAAAUGGAGGAACUUAGGCCAUUGAUACCAGUGUUGGAGGAGUACAAGGCCGAUGCCAAAUUGGUAUUACAGUUUAAAGAGGAAGUCCAGAAUCUGACGUCAGUUCUAAACGAACUUCAGGAGGAGAUGGGAGCCUAUGACUACGAGGAGCUACAGAACAGAGUGUCAAAUCUUGAGGAGAGGCUCCGAGCAUGCAUGCAAAAAUUAGCUUGCGGCAAGUUGACAGGAAUAAGUGAACCUGUCACCAUCAAGACCUCUGGGUCAAGGUUUGGUUCAUGGAUGACGGACCCUCUGGCACCUGAGGGAGAUACCAGGGUGUGGUAUAUGGAUGGCUACCAUAACAACCGCUUUGUGCGGGAAUACAAGUCCAUGGCGGAUUUCAUGACGUCUGACAAUUUCACCUCGCACCGGCUGCCCCACCCUUGGUCCGGCACAGGGCAGGUGGUCUACAACGGCUCCAUCUAUUUCAACAAGUUUCAGAGUCACAUCAUCAUCAAGUUCGAUUUCAAGACCUCCUCCAUCAGCAAGUCACGCCCACUGGAUUAUGCUGGCUACAACAACAUGUACCACUACUCCUGGGGUGGUCACUCAGACAUUGAUCUGAUGGUGGAUGAGGGUGGCCUGUGGGCCGUGUAUGCCACCAAUCAGAAUGCGGGAAAUAUUGUCAUCAGCAAGUUGAACCCCAACACUCUGCAGAUCAUCAAGAGUUGGACCACCAACCACCCCAAGAGGAGUGCUGGCGAGGCGUUCAUGAUCUGCGGUACACUCUACGUUACCAAUGGCUACUCUGGGGGCACCAAGGUCUACUAUGCUUUCCACACCAACUCCUCCACUUACGAGUACAUCGACAUACCAUUCCAGAACAAGUACUCACACAUCUCCAUGCUGGACUACAACCCGAAGGACAGAGCCCUUUAUGCGUGGAACAAUGGCCACCAGGUGCUGUACAAUGUCACCUUGUUCCAUGUCAUCCGCUCUGAUGAGCUGUAAUCGCCUACUUAAAAGACAUUCUGUAUCACAUGAUGCUUAAACGUGGUGGAUAUAUGCUACAGAAAAGUAGAAUGACAGCAUAAAAAUAACUAUUUACAAAGAGUAUAGUAUGUAUAAAGUGAAUAUAGAAAAUAAGGACAGCUGCCAAAAGGUCACGCCUUUCUUUUUUAGAAGCAAAUACUAACCUAUGGGAUUCUAACGGCGACUGUGUUUCUGGAGCUUUACCUCUUCUUCUGACCAUUGUGUCGCACGUUAAUUGUGGAGUCUGAUCUUUGGAACUGGAUUAUUCUUGGUCCAGAUGGAUGGGCUGGUGAGUCUCGUGCGCAAAGGAACACAAUGUUACAAAUGCAAAUCCCAUCAUAUCCUUUUUAACAAUUGAAAUAUACAUAUAAAUAAAUAAAUAAAUAUAUAUAUAUAUAAAACAUCAGUUUAAAAAAAAUGAAGGCAAUGACUGUUGGAAGCAACCUGAUUACAGUUUAGUCUUUGUGAUUGUAUGUGGAUCUCUUAUUUACAUCUUUUUGCAUGGGCAUUUUAUAUCACUGCGGUCCACUCUUCUGGAUGUAUUUUGCGAUAUUAUGCUGUAUAACUAAAAGGGGCUAGUUUAGCAACAUGGGGGGGUUAUAUUUAUUUGUUCUUUUUUAAUUUUUCUGCUUUCAUUUUAUUGGUUUUGUAACUAUCACAUUAGCGUUGGUAUUGAUAUAACUGUGCUUAUUCUGUCUUUGUUAGGUUGGACUGUGCUGAAAGAAUCUAUCUAGAUCAUAUCUUUGUCUAGCAAAAAUUAUCACAAGAGAAUGUAUCAAGCAAUGUAUUUAUGAGACAAUGAUGUAUACAUUGUUCUCUUUCAACUUGACUUCACAAGUCUGCUGUCUAUGUUUCCUAGCAGAGAUAAGUGGUGGCAUCUUUCUCUGUUGUGCUUUUCUGGAUGUGUUGUACCUGCAAUGAGAUAGUUUGUAUUAAUAAAAAGAGGAUUGUUGUU